AUGGAAAGCAUAAGCGAGACACAAUGCUUGAAAGAAAAAGGAGCCGAAUCAGAAGACUCAUACAAAGUGCUAUUAUUAAGAAAUUUUCCAUUAUUUUUAACUGAUAAAAAGAUGAAAAAUAAUCAAUGAUCUUUGCACCUCACUCCCAAAGCCUCACCUGGGUAGAAAAAUUAAUCAGGGUCGGAAAAUUUGCAAAUCAAAAUUUUUCAGGAGCCGAAUGCCAUUUUAUUUAUGCAAAAAUUGGAAACAAAAAUAAUUUUUCUAUUAAAUAUGUGUUUGACAGUGCAAACUUUUUAAAAUAGAUUUCAUAUAUUAACAUUUGUAUAUUAAAAAAUAUUUUUAAUAAAUCGGCAGGGAAGUUACCAAUUUCUAUUCCAAUAAAAAAUGUUUUAACCUUUUAUAUUUCUUAAAUUUUUGUUUAUCCAAAUAUAAUGACUAA